AUGGAAGACCUGUCGGAGUCGAUUCUACAACAUAUAUUUUCGUUCCUGAAUUUCACGGACGUGAUUCGUGCUUCUGCAGUCUCGAGGGCUUGGCUGAAUGCAGUCUCCACCCUGCAAUGCUUGAAUAUCACUGAUGAUUUCAUUCGGCCAUUGAAUUCAGUGAACCGUUUUGACCAAUCGGCCAGGGAAAGGAAGAUGCUUCCAAAGGAAAUGGUGAGAUCCAUGCUGGUUUCUGCCGGAUGCUUUAUUCUGAAAGCCAAAGAACAUAACUUGCAAAUUAAUCAGUUCAGGUUUAAAUUCCGAGGUAAGCUUUCUUAUUUCGUGCCAUAUUUGAUGCAAUGUGUGAAUUUAAUUGGGACGGAAAACGUCAGAGAGUUCGUAUUGGAUGUUGGAAUUGGUGGUGGUAGGUUGUCGGAUUACUCCUUGCCUGUAUCUGUUUAUGCUGCCCAUUCUCUGCAUAAGCUUGUUGUUCGAGGAUUAAAGCUUUCAUUAGUAGGUAUUCGUGGAAUAAAUCUUCCUUCACUGAGGGAGUUGGAUUUGAGUUGUUGUCAAGUUGAUGAUGAGUUCUUUGAGCAACUAAUCAUGAAAUGUCCCCAACUGGAGAAUUUCAAAAUUGAAGAUUGUUUUGGUUUCCGUGUUUUUAAAGUAUUAGGAUCACAUCCGAAGUUGAAAAAGAUUGAUUUGAUGAAGGAUGAAGAACAAGACUAUCUUUAUUGCCAUGCUCCUGAAGAAAUCCAAGAAAUUGAGAUUAGAGAAGCUCCAAAUCUUGAGUACUUUCGCUACUGGAGCAAUGAUGAUGACUUAUUAGAAAUCCUCGACAUAGGAGCCUGUGUAAAUUUGAAGGUUCUUGAUUUGACUGCUUUAUGUGGCAGCCACAAGUUGCUCGAGUCAGUUGAACAUCUUGUCUCGCAUCUUAGUGUCCUUGAGGAAUUCACAUUGCACUUGUUUACAUGGAUUCACAGUUCUACGGAGUUGCAGAGUAUUAAAAUCUCAAGCGACAGUCUUAGAAAACUGUGGUUAGGAUUUGUCAAUAAUCCAGUGGAUGUUCGAGUGGAUGCACCUUAUUUGUCUGAAGUCUUUUAUUUGGGGUUUAUAUCAUCGAAUCUGUCAUUUGGAACAUCAUCAAUAAAGGAUGCUAACUUUGUUAAAUGCGGUGAAGACAAAAUAUCCUCGUUUUAUGAACUUGUGGAGUUCCUCAAAACUUUUAAUCAUAUUGAGGCCGUGAAGUUGGACGACUUUGCACCUCGCGACUUGGCAGUUCCAACAGAUCUGGACUUUUUUGAUCCUCCUCUUUGGGACAUCAAACACUUAACUGUAGGUGCGCGUUAUUGCUGCGGUAAUAGCUAUAUACCAGUUGACUUGGACAUGUUGAAGAGUUUGCUUUGGAUGGCACCUCGAUUGGACACUCUAUCCUUUGUUAAUGGUUUUAAAUCUGCAGUAACUUUUCAAUUUAUACAUGGGAAUCCUGAGAUCAACGUGGAGGAGGUCCCUUUCAUCUGUCGGAAUAACAAAGUUGUUAAGGUUAAAGUUGAAAGCUGCCCAGGUUCUGCAGAAGGAUUGGGAUGGAAGAAGUACCUUUUUAAUGGUGAGAAAUCCUUGGGUUGCAGAAUUAAACAAUUGAAGGUUCAGGUGAUGUCGAAGUUAAGUGGUGAAUGA